GAGCCACGAGAGCAGGGGUGUGUGACAGUGCACUGCAGCACUGCAACCAUUUCAGUAGACGCGAAACUUUCGCUGCGUUCGCCGCGGUAUUGUGAUGCUCGCAGCAGUGUAGAGCCGCCCACCCUCACAAAACCGCGCGAAAGGUCGCCAGAAGAAGCUCCCAUUCCAAUACGUACAGCGAGCGCGGAAACCCUAAACGAAAGAGCGCCAACUGAUUGGACGUCAAGGAGGCAGUUAUGGGCUCCCUUUACAGUCCACCGAGCUCCGUGGCUUUCGCUACUGUCACCUGCGCAUCGGCCCUUCUCGGCUGCGCUGGUGCAGCUCCAGCGAGUGGGAAUGCGCGCGUUGUCGUCCGCGCAGCGCAGCCGCGCCACGGACCGACAGUACGCUCGGCACGCUUAGAGUCACUAAACUCUCGCGCAUCCCAGCUCGGCGUGCUUACAGCUUUCCGCCUGCCUCAGUCCGCCAGGCGGCGAGCCCCGCAGCUGCGCCAUUCCCCCGGACCCCAACCCGCGAGCGCCGCGCUGCAGGUGGGGCCGGUUUCUAGCAACGAGGGGAGCGAAGCCAGUGUGACUGUAGCGGGCGGCGCGGAGGAGCUGCUGAGAGCGGCCGUGGGAGCGGAUGCGGCGGGUGGUGAAUCGGAGCGGUUCGAGUGGAGCAAGGCGUGGUACGCCGUGGGCGUGGCGGGCGACCUGGACCCCACCCGCCCGCACGCCGUGACGGUGGUGGGCCGGCCGCUGGUGCUGUGACGCGACUCCCACCACUCCUGGCGAUGCUUCCUCGACCAAUGCCCGCACCGCCUCGUGCCCCUGGGCGCAUAGACGAGUCCGGCCGCCUGGCGUGUUCGUACCAUGGGUGGGCGUUUGCAGGGAGUGGGGCGUGCGAGCUCAUCCCCCAGGCCGCCCCAGAGCAGCCGGGCAAGCCGCCCCGCGCCCUCUGCUCCCCGCGCGCCUGCGCCACGCCCUUCCCCGUGAAGGAGAUGCACGGAGUUCUCUUCGUGUGGCCAGACGAGCACUCAGCCGACCAGGCGGAGGCCACGCCCCUCCCUCUCCCAAACGGGGUGGACUUUAACGAGUACACAGUGUUCCCCGCGUACACGCGCCGCGUGCCAUACGGGUUUGAGUUUCUGGGGGAGAACUUGGCGGACCCGUUGCACUUCCCCUUCUCGCACCACGGCGUGGGCACCACCCACCGAGAGCAGGGCGGGCCCAUGAAGGCGAUCGGCAUUCGUGAGUCGGGCAUGGCUGGCUUCCACGUCCCCUUCCACAUGGAGAGCUACGACCUGCCUUCAGACUUCACCUUCCAAGCCCCCCAGCUCUUCGUCUACACCUACAAUUUGAGGCAGAAGCAGCCAAAGCUCCCGUUUUUUAAGAAACAGGGCGAGCAGCCUCCCGACGCGUUCACGCUGUGCCUUUAGAUGACUCCGUCUGCUCCCGGCGAAAGCAUCGUGGUGAGCCUUCAGAUGCAGAGGCGCGGCGACGGGAAGAAGAUGGGCUUCCCGAUUCCGCCGUGGUCCGUGCACCUGAGGCAGCAUCAGAUCUAUGACGGCGACGCCUACUUCCUGCACUGCCAGGAGCGAGCACUGCAGCACAGAGAGCAGCAGCAGCAGCAAGGAGCGGAGAGCGAUGAUGGGGGGAGUGAGCACGGCGCAGUGAGUCGGAGGGGCAGCGGAUGGAAGGCGUUCUACAUGCCCACGUCAUCGGACCUAUUUGUGGUGGCCUUGAGACAAUGGCUCGCGAAAUACGGGGGUGGCGCUGUGGCCUACCCGCCAGCCUUCUCAGGCGUGUCGCUGCCGCCCCAGCCUCUCCCCAAGGAGGUGGUGCUGGACCGCCUGGCAUCCCACACAGCGCACUGCACCUCCUGCUCCUCCGCCCUCUCCGCCCUGCAGCGAGCGCAGCUGCUGCUGCCACCGCUCUCCCUGCUCGCCGCUGCUGCUGCUGCCGCCUCCACCUCCCUGCGUGCCCGCGUGCCGCUUGCCCUGCUGGCCGUGGCAGCUGCUGCAGCUGCGUGGAAGGCGCGGGAGGAGGCCAAAGAGUUUGUGUACACGGGGUGGGACCAUGCGAGGAAGGAGUGAAUGGCGGGGUAACCGGGAGCAACGGGAUGUGACUGAUGGACUUGCGGCUUCCUCAUUCUUAUUACCGUCAUCACCCGGAUAGAAGAUAUAGGCGAAUAGAAGAUAUAGGCGAAUAGAAGGCACCUGUAUCCUUUCAACGGGUGUUUCUCUCAAAGGAAAAACUGAAUAAUUGCAUAGAGGGAGAGAACAAGUGUAUAUACCUAAGAGUGUUGUACCCUCUAAGAGGUGACCCUAUACAG